CGCGCGAGUGGUGCCGCCGCUGCCCGGGGUGCGUGGGGCAGAGCUCACGACUGGCCAGGCCCGGGCUGCUGCUCCCCAGCCCUCGCCGCUGCACAGUUACCGCUUGGGCAGCUGCCCGGUGCUUUCUGCAGCUCCGGGCAUCGUGCCGGACGAACAGCAUACCCUCUUCCCGAGCUGCCCCCAGGUGCUGCGGGGAAGGAAGGCGGUGGUGGCGACCCCGGGAGGGCAGCCCGGCUCUCGCUGGCCCGGGCUCCGAGCGCGGCGUCUGCUCUCCCUGCUGGUCUCUGAGCAGCGCCGUCUGUAAGUAGCAGCCGUGGUCUGUGCCAGUUGAUUCUUCAGAAGGCUCAUCUCAAAACAUAACUUAAAAAAGCUUUGCAAAUAGUGGAAGAAAAUGUCACAUAAAAACUCUAAGGUAAUCAAGAAAGUAAACAUUUCUAGCUCCUUGGAAUCUGAGGAUAUCAGCUUGGAAACCACAGUACCAACUGAUGAUGUUUCUUCCUCUGAAGAGAGAGAAGGUACUGUAAAAAUCACUAAGCAGCUGAUUGAACGGAAGGAGUUGCUCCAUAAUCUUCAGCUGCUUAAAAUAGAAUUAUCGCAAAAAAACUUGAUGAUUGACAACUUGAAAGUUGAAUAUUUGACCAAGAUUGAGGAGCUAGAGGAGAAGCUUAAUGAUGCAAUCCAUCAAAAGCAGCUGUUGUCUUUACGACUGGAUAGUCAGUUGGCAUUACAGCAAGAAGAUGCCAGGAAACAUCAGGCUCUAAUGAAGCAAGAAAUGGAAACCAUUUUAUUGAGACAGAAGCAACUGGAGGAAACAAAUUAUCAAUUGAGAGAGAGGGCUGGAGAUAUCCGUCGUAGCUUGCGAGACUUGGAAUUAACAGAUGAAUGCUAUGAGAAGCUCAAGUCUCUUCCUGAAGAUCAGCUUUCUAUCCCUGAAUAUGUUUCAGUCCGGUUUUAUGAAGUAGUCCAUUCCUUAAGAAGAGAGCUAAGUGAUCUACAGAUGAAAAAGGAGAGUCUGACAGAAGAACUAAGUGGGUGCAGAUCCCAGCUGAAGUGUCUGACAGAGAGCUAUGAAGACGAGAGGAGGAGUCGGUCAGAGCUUGAGGUCAGAUGCCAACGUUUAACACUGGAACUGGCUGAUACCAAACAGUUGAUUCAGCAAGGUGAUUACAGACUGCAGAACUAUGAUAAAGUAAAAUGUGAACGUGAUGUAUUUGAGCAUGAAUUGUCAGAACUCAGGAGAAACUAUGAAGUACUGGAGAUGUCAUACAAAACACAAACUAAAGAAAGAAAUGACUUAGCAAAAGAGCUGGCAACCAUACAACAAUCCCUCAACUUGCUGCAAAAAGAUAAAGAUUAUCUUAAUCGCCAGAACAUGGAGCUUAGUGUUCGCUGUGCACAUGAAGAAGAUCGUCUUGAAAGACUACAGAUUCAGCUAGAGGAUGCUAAAAAAGCUAGAGAAGAAAUGUAUGAAAAAUAUGUCACAUCCAGAGACCACUAUAAAGCAGAAUAUGAAAAAAGAUUGCAUGAAGAGUUGGAACAAAUAAGGUUGAAAACAAAUCAAGAAAUUGAGCAACUAAGAAGCACCUCAAAGGAGAUGUAUGAACGUGAAAACAGAAAUUUGAGAGAAGCACGAGAUAAUGCUGUUGCCGAAAAAGAGAGAGCAGUUACUGCUGAAAAGGAAUCUUUAAGAAAAUAUGAUCAACUCUUAGAACAGCUUCAGAGAAGUCAUUUCAUAGCCUUCCUGGUUCAAAAAGAUGAAUCUUUAAUUCUUCUUUGGUCUUCAACUUUGGGCUAUUUUGAAGCUUCAUUCAAGGGAUCUUGUGAGGUGGUAAUUCCCAUUUCUGGAUUCCCAAACUGGAUAUCUCUGUACCUCCAUCUCCUGAAAUACCUGAUCUGGUAUAGACAAAUGCAGCUUGGCACAGAAAGCAAAGUAGCUGAACUUCUUCACCAAAGUAAGUUAAAGUCCUUUGAAACUGAACAUGUUCAACUCAUGCAACAAGAAACAGCUAAGAAUCUUUCACAGUGCCAAAUGGAAUGUGAGAAAUACCAGAGAAAGCUGGAGGUGCUUACAAAGGAAUUUUAUAGUCUUCAGUCUUCUAGUGAAACCCGCAUUAUUGAGCUUCAAACACAAAAUUCUGAGUUUCAAGCAAGACUAGAUACUUAUGAAAAACUUGAAAAAGAGCUUGAUGAGAUAAUACUGCAGACAGCAGAAAUGGAAGAUGAAGUUGAAGCUGAAAGGGUUCUCUUCUCAUAUGGAUAUGGUGCUAAUGUUCCUACAACAGCCAAAAGACGACUAAAGCAAAGUGUUCACUUGGCAAGAAGAUUACUGCAGCUAGAAAAGCAAAACUCAUUGCUUGUGAAAGAUCUGGAACAUCAGAAGGAACAAGUAACACAGAUUUCACAAGAGCUUGACAAAGCAAAUUCAUUGCUGAACCAAGCACAACAGCCAUACAAAUACCUCAUUGAAACUGUGCAACAGAGAGAUUCUCAAAUAAGUCUACAGAAAGAACAUAUUACACAACUUGAAAAAGAUUUCAGUCUUUUAAAUAAAGAAAAGACAGCUUUACUGCGUGUCAAGAAUCAAAUGGCAGCAGAUUUGGAGAGACUUCUAAAUGACCGUGAGGAACUAGCCAAAAUGAAGCAGUUAAUUUUUACUCUACAUGGUAAACGCUGUGAACAAAAUCUACCUCAGUCUCAUAUUGAUGUAAAAAGUACAACUGGAAAACAAUCAAUCCCUGUGGUAAAACUGCUGCCAGAACAUGAAGAAGAAAAUAUAUUUACACCUAAGCCAACGUUAUUUACAAAUAAAGAAGUACCUGUGUGGUACAAGAAACUGAAGAAGAAAACAUCAGCGUAGCAUUUUUCAAAAUUUAUUCAAAAUAAUCCUUUGGGGAGCUUUUCUUUGAAGAAAAGUGAUGCUCAUUUUACUAUACAAGCAAACAACUGGUUUGAUUUAACUGUUUCUUUUUUUACUUAUGCUUCAAAUAAUCUUAUGCUUCAUAAAAUAAUUUCUACAUCUCUCAUGUGAAAAAAAUGUGUGAAAAUGAUACAUGCAAUAAUUUUGCUAACUUGUAUUUGAAUUUUAAAAGAUAAAUAAACACUAGUGUGUUCUACAAGUUAUAAUCUGGGCAGUUAAAGGAUAUGAUAUUUAGAGUGUUCAAAUUAAUGCAAGUUUCAGCCUUUUUAUAUUGUUUUGCCUGGACCAUGUGUUUCAUGCCACAUUCCUUGCAACUAUUCUGGCUAGUGGAAAUUUUCAAACUAUACAUGAAUUAAUAUUGUACUUUCUAUGAAGGAAUUCAUAUCAGCUGGAAACAAAAUUUCUUACUGGCCUUGACUUGUAGUUCAUCACUUGAUGUCAUUUGUAUAACCAAACAUACAUUAAAAAUACCUUAAAAAGCAGUAAAAUACAUCUUAAUUAUCAGCACUGAUACUUAAUGGGCUAGACAGUAGUGCAGUUACAUCAGUGUAAUAAUAAAAAUAGAACCAUGAUGGGUGAGGACUGUAGUGUGUAAUAGGGAAAUGGAUAACUUACCAUAUUUAAUUGUAUGAAAAUAAGACCCAAAGUCCAAGAACACACUCUACUUGUUUAUUCCACUCCACCAUCUAUUCUGACUAUACAAAAGUCCUCUAAUUUUUGAAAGCAUUCUUGAUUGCAUAUGGUACAUUCCUAUGUAGAACGUAAAUAUAAGAUCUUUUAAGUACUGCAUACUGAAAAUAUUGUUCAGAUUUCAUUUAAGAGAAAGCUCCUUCUUCUUAGUGCCUUUUCCCUUGACAAUAUCCCUUAAAUUGGUUAUUUUUUCUAACCUGGAUAUGAACAAUAAUUAUUUACUAUAUAAUACUGAGGCUAUAUCAAGUUUAUGAUUCCCAGAUACACUUUUCUUCAUUUUCCAAACAGUUGAAGCACAGUAAUACUUCCUCUGCACCAAGAAAGCUUCAGUUUCCUUUUUUUUUCCCUUUUCUUGUUCUGAGAGACCAAGGCAAAAAUGCUGGCAAUUGCACAUCACAGGUUUAAAAUUAUCAUUCUGUGAGUGAGUGAGGCCAAGUGUGUAGACAGGGAUGAUAAUCUUUUAUUAGACUCACUGCUGUUCACUGGAGAAAAAAAAUCACACAAACUUUUCGGUUCACAAACCUUCAGUACAGUCAUUUUUGAAUAAAAUUUUCUGAAGUCUAAGUUUUAUCUAACAUAUUUUUAUGUGACUGGAAUCCUUAACUUUUAUUUCCUAUGAAAUAGAAACAGCUUCCAUAUGCAGAUACUAAUUUUGUAGAUUGUAAUAGAUACUUCGUAUGAUUCAGUCCCUAAAUGAACUACCCAUACUAUUCUGUUUGUCUGUUAUCAAUUAAUAAUUAAUAAAUGGUAUUAGCUAGAA